UUGAAAUGUUGAAUCCCACCCAUAGUUCCUUUCCAGCUAGACCCGAAGCAAUUUCCCCUUUGUACUUCAAUUUUAAGACUCAGACUCCAGAGGAACAUGACACACCUAAUACUACUAUCUUUCUGUGCAUGUAAUAAUUGCCAGCUAACCUAAGAGAAGCUCUUCUUUCUCUUACCAAGCCCACUUUCUUGAACUCUUCAAAUGUUUUCUGAAAAUUCUGAACAGAAAGGAGUUUUAAAUUGAGGGUUCUUGAAUUUUGAGUAUUUUGGACACACUCAGAUAAAUAGCAAGCCAAAAUGCCAAAUAUCCCUAGUUCAUUGUACCCUAGGCCAAAAUUUGGUGAAGGCUCAUUAAUGCACUUGACUUAAUUCCGACCCUUUUCAUCUAUUAGUAUAUAUAUCAAUUUCAUGACUGUGGAAAAAUGUCCAUUUCUAGUCAAGGUAUAGAUCUUGUAUUUCUUUAUUCUUUACGACUGAGCAUUAUUUGUAUCAAGAGCAGUAGUCUAUAAGACUAUAACUGCAUAAGUGCGAAAAGAAGAGAUCAAUUCAUCAAAGGGUUUCAAGGUUUGAUCCAGGAAAUAUAAUGCUGGGGCGGCUUUGCUGGAAGCAUGAAAAGAAUAGAAAUGAGUUCUCAGGGGAGAUUCCUUCUGGAAUGUUCAACAGUUGUAGAAAAGCACGGUUCAUCUCGCUUUCGAAUAAUCACCUUUCUGGUCCGAUUCCUGCAGCAGUUGGGAACUGCCAGAGUUUGGAAGGGCUGGAUUUAUCUUUUAACAGUAUUAGUGGCAUUUUACCUUCACAGGUUUGUGGUAUACCUGGAAUGGUAUACUUGUCUUUGAGAAGCAACCUGCUCGAUGGAAGUGUUCAAGGACAGCUCUCCACCUGUCAAAGGUUAGAGCUUUUGGAUCUUGGAAGCAACAAUUUUACUGAAACAGCCCCCUUUGAGGUCCUUUCUUUGGCGAACCUUACAUAUUUCAAUAUUUCAAGUAACCAGUUUCAGGGCGGGAUUCAGAAUAUUGGAGUUUGUAGUCAAAGAUUAGAGGUUCUGGAUCUUUCAGGGAACGGCUUUACUGGAGAAAUUCCGCCAAAUAUUGCAAAAUGCAGUUCACUGAAGUAUAUGGACUUGGGAUAUAAUAGGCUUACUGGAACUAUACCAGUUGAGAUUGCAGAUCUUGAAAACCUUGUGCUUAUUCGCUUGGCGAGUAAUUCUAUUACAGGCACAAUCCCUGCCCCGUUAGGAAGUAUAGAGUGGCUUGAAGUUCUGGAUUUGAGUAAUCUCCACCUGGGUGGUGAAAUCCCUGACCAGAUAUGCAACUUCAGGUUUCUUCUUGAGAUGUGAGUUUAACCACCAUCUUGUUUAUAUAUAAAAAUUGAGUUUUGUCCACUUCUAGUCCAUAUACUAUUGUGUCAUGUUUUUGGUAUCCGUCUUGAAUUAUUCCACUUCUAGUCAUCUAAGUAUUGUCACAUAGACACUUUGAUACUCGUAUUUGGAUUUUCCCACUUUUAACCCUUCGGCUACUGUGACUGUAACACUUUUAGUCAUCCAAAUAUUGCCACAGUGAAAAUUUUGGUACACUUUUUUUAAUCUCAUCACAGUAUUUGGAGGCCCAACAGUGUGUUUGCCACAAUAUUUAGAUAACUAAAAGUGAGAAACUUCAUAGAAGGGUACCCAAGGUAUCUUUGACAUAAUAGUUGGAAUUGAGAAAAAUGAAAGAAUUGAAAUGCUUCCAAAAGUAUCUUUGUCACAAUGGUCAGAUGAAUUAUACACAAAGGGGAUUGUGCCUGUAAUAGAAUUAAGCUUAAUUUUUGCUGCAGGGAUAUCUCAGAGAACCUCAUAAAGGGGAAGAUUCCACAAAAGCUAUACAACAUGUCAUACCUAAAGAUUCUUGACUUGCACCACAACCAGAUUGAUGGGAGAAUCCCCGCGACAAUAGGGAAUCUGUCAAACUUGAAUUAUUUGGACUUGUCAGAAAACCAGUUAAGCGGUUCAAUCCCAAAUACUCUUGGGAACUUACGAAACUUAACUCAUUUCAAUCUAUCAUACAAUCUUCUAUCUGGAGAGAUCCCUUCAAAUAAGACCAUCCAGAAUUUCGGGCCCUUAGCCUUCUCAAACAAUCCCAAUCUCUGUGGGUUUCCGCUUCAUUCAUGCUCUAACACUUCUCUAAAAGGCAGGAAGCCCAAGUUGAGUGCUUCUGCAGUGGUUGCCAUUGUCGCUGCGUCUGUAAUUCUUACUGGUGUCAUCAUAAUAACCAUUAUCAACAUGAAGGCUAGGAAAAGGAGGAGAAGACUGGAGGAGACCAUGAUUGUUGAAAGCACUCCACUUGCUUCGUCUGAUUCAAAUGUCAUUAUUGGAAAACUUGUGCUUUACAGCAAAAGUCUGCCAUCAAAGUAUGAGGCAUGGGAAGCUGGCACAAAAGCGUUGCUUGACAAGGAGUGUCUGAUUGGUGGGGGAUCAAUUGGAACAGUUUACAGAGCCAGCUUUGAGAAUGGGAUUUCAAUAGCUGUUAAAAAGCUGGAGACUUUAGGGAAAAUCAGAAAUCAAGAUGAGUUUGAACAAGAAAUCGGACGGCUGGCAAACCUUGAACAUCCCAAUAUCGUCCAUUUACAAGGCUACUACUGGUCUUCUAAUAUGCAAUUAAUAAUGUCAGAAUUUGUUCAAAAUGGAAAUCUAUGUGAUAAUCUACGUGGACAUAAUUAUCCAGGAACCAGCACCAGCAUUGGCAACCCUGAAUUGAAUUGGCCUAGAAGAUUCCGGAUUGGACUAGGAACAGCAAAGGCACUGGCUUUCCUUCACCAUGACUGCAACCCUUCUGUUCUUCAUCUCAACGUGAAGUCCACUAAUAUACUGCUGGAUGAAAACUAUGAGCCCAAACUAUCUGACUAUGGUUUGGGGAAGUUACUCCCACUUCUUGACAAUUACGGACGAACCAAAUCCCAUAAUGCAGUUGGGUAUAUUGCUCCAGAGUUAGCUCAGGGUAUUCGAGUCAGCAACAAGUGUGAUGUUUAUAGCUUUGGAGUUGUGCUGUUGGAGUUGGUUACCGGGAGGAACCCUGUGGAGAGUCCAACAGAAAAUGAGGUUGUGGUUUUGUGUGAAUAUGUUAGGGGGUUGAUAGAUAGAGGUGCUGCUACGGACUGUUUUGAUACAAGUUUGCGUGGGUUUGUAGAAAAUGAGUUGAUUCAAGUAAUGAAAUUAGGGUUGGUUUGUACUUCUGAAAUACCUGCUCGAAGGCCAAGCAUGGCUGAGGUUGUCCAGGUUCUUGAGUCCAUCAGAAAUGGUUAAGAGUCAGAAGAGGCAGAUGCAUGACUUGAACUACCAUAAGUAUUUUUUUUAUAUAUAAAAUGCUACGUCAUAUUCUUUGUAUUUAUUUUUGUAAGAAAAUAUUCCAUCUGUGAAUCAUAACUCGUUUUUUUUCUUCUUUUCGUGCACGACUAUGAUUUCUUGUUGCUUCUCGUGUCUUCUGGUCACUUAUCUGGUGAAAAUCAUCUCGAACUUGUAAAGAAAGGAUCAGAUAUGUAGUCGGGCGGAGUAUGAGUUACAAAAGAUCUAUGGUUGUGCACCAAAAGUGGAAAAGUGAAAGUUGAGAAUCAAAAGGGGAUGACAAAAUAGUCGUGGGGGCAAAAGUAGAGUGUUUUCAUUUUGGAAUUAUGUAUCAACUGUAUUUUGAAUUCCAAAAUAAGGCCCUUCGUAACCGUAUAAGUUGUAACUAGUGGAACCCGGCCACUUGAAUAAGGAAAUUGGAAAGUCUCUUAUGCUGUUAUGCAUAUAGACAAUAUCUAUAUUCACACCUAUGCCAACUACUUCAUUACAUUUCAAAGUAGUAAUUGUGCACAGGAGUGAAGGCAUGGAGGGACAUUGUCAAAGAAGCAAUAAGUAGACUUCUCAUAAUUUCGGAACCAGCUUUUGUGAUCUAAUUUCGCAUCAUCUGACACUGGUAAUGACUUAAAUUGAGUUAUUCGGAGUAUUAGUUUAUGUAUUUAUUAGAAUGAUGUUGAGAAUGCCAUCAUGAAAUACAUGACGUGUUAAAUGUGAGUUUGAGUUGUUCUGUAAGCUUAAGUCUAAUUUCGUCAAAAAAUGGAGUGUGAAGUCAAACAAAUUCUGUAACGGUAAGUUAGAAACAUGUAUGUAAGUUAUCACAGAAGAAUUAUCUCCUUUGAAUUGUUUUUCUGUUUGCUUAAUGGUUUUACUGAUCUUUGAAGUCUAUUUUCCGCUACUUGUUUAGCUCAAUAGGCAUAUUUGAUAAGGUAGAUUAGUCAUUAGUAGGUGUUCGUUCCAUGUCUGUUAAAGUUCAAAGCUUUUUUUCAGGGAUCUAUAUAUACAAUUGCUGUUAUGAAUUAUGGUGGCCCUUCUAAACAUGCUUGCAUUUGUGGUAACAAAAAGAGUAAGAUCAGAGUAAGAUUUUCCUUUCCCCAGCUUUGUGAUUUCAAAUUUCUUAGUGGUGAUGCAUAAAUUGUUAAGUAUAGCACCUUGUGGUGGGUCAAGUCAUGAUUUGUGGUUAAGAGUGUACAUAGGCCUUUAAGCUCCGUGAUAAUUAUCCUUUGGAUCAAAGUUUUUUACUCUGAAAGGUAGCUAGUACAUUUCCUGCUUGACGAAAUCCUUAGCGAAAAAAGGAACUAUCCAUACAUUUUCGAAUCAAAAUAAAGAAUGUAAGGGCCCGUUUUUUGACGGAGACAUUUUUCAGUUUUAUUUUGUUUUCCGUUCUCCAAUUUUCUGUUUUAAUUUUCCAGUUUUUCUAUCUCCAUUAAUAUGUUUUCAUUUUCCGCUUUUCCGUUUUCAAAUCUGAAAACAUGUUCAUCAUUUUUUUUUCACCCGGUUCUAAGACCGAUCAAAAGACCGAAAAUAUGGUUCUGG